CUCAGCGGCAGCCACUCGGGGCCGGGCUGGCGCGCACACCCCCGCCCCGCCGGCCUCCGCGCUCGCCAACAUGGCGCUGGUGCGGGGCCGCCGCUGCCUCUGGGCGCUGCAGCGUCAGCAAUGGAACCCAGCACAAAGACUUGUGAAAUGUGUCUCCUCGACAGUAGGAGGUCACAACAUAGGGAAGAUUCUUAUUGCAAACCGAGGAGAAAUUGCAUGCAGAGUGAUGCGAACAGCGAAGAAAAUGGGUGUGAAGUCUGUAGCAGUUUACAGUGAAGCAGACAAGAAUUCCAUGCAUGUAGCAAUGGCAGAUGAAGCAUAUUGCAUUGGUCCUGCACCCUCACAGCAGAGUUACUUGGCCAUGGAGAAAAUCAUAAACGUGGCCAAGGCCUCAGCAGUAGAGGCUAUUCAUCCAGGUUAUGGUUUCCUCUCAGAAAACACAGAGUUUGCAGAGUUGUGCAAGCAAGAGGGAAUCAUCUUCAUAGGUCCGCCUUCAUCUGCUAUCAGAGAUAUGGGUAUUAAGAGCACUUCCAAAGCUAUAAUGUCUGCUGCUGGCGUUCCUGUUGUUGAAGGUUAUCACGGAGAAGAUCAAUCAGAUGAAUGUCUAAAAGACCAUGCCAAGAGAAUAGGAUAUCCGGUAAUGAUUAAAGCUGUUCGCGGAGGUGGAGGAAAGGGCAUGAGAAUUGCUCAUUCAGAAAAGGAGUUUCUGGACCAACUAGAAUCAGCAAGGAGAGAAGCAAAGAAGUCUUUCAAUGAUGAUGCAAUGCUGAUUGAGAAAUUUGUAGAUAAUCCAAGGCAUGUUGAAGUCCAAGUGUUUGGUGACCAGCAUGGCAAUGCGGUCUAUUUGUUUGAAAGAGACUGCAGCGUGCAAAGGAGACAUCAGAAGAUCAUUGAAGAGGCACCAGGGCCAGGAAUUAAUCCUCAAGUUCGAAAGAGACUUGGAGAAGCCGCUGUCAAAGCAGCUAAAGCAGUGAAUUAUGUAGGAGCAGGAACAGUGGAGUUUAUUAUGGACUCCCAGCAUAACUUUUACUUCAUGGAGAUGAAUACCAGACUGCAAGUAGAGCACCCUGUUACAGAGAUGAUCACUGGAACAGACUUGGUGGAGUGGCAGCUAAGGGUUGCAGCUGGAGAGAAGAUUCCCCUAAAGCAGGAAGAGAUUCUGCUCCGAGGCCAUGCGUUUGAAGCUAGAAUAUAUGCUGAAGACCCUAAUAAUAACUUCAUGCCAGGGGCUGGGCCACUGUUGCACUUGUCCACCCCACCACCUGAUAGUUUCACCCGGAUAGAAACUGGAGUCAGACAAGGUGAUGAGGUUUCUGUUCAUUAUGACCCAAUGAUUGCAAAGUUAGUUGUUUGGGCUGAGGAUCGUCAAGCAGCACUGAGAAAGUUGCGAUACAGCUUGCAUCAAUAUAAUAUUGUAGGAUUAAGCACUAAUAUUGAUUUCUUACUGAGCCUGUCAGAACACCCACAGUUUGAGGCUGGAAAUGUGCACACUAAUUUCAUUCCUCAACACUAUGAUGAACUGUUUCCAGCCAAAAAGGCGACACGACAUGAAGUUGUGUGUCAGGCAGCUCUGGGACUCAUACUGAAAGAGAAAAUGGCAACAGAUGCUUUUAGAGAUCAGUCAGGUGAUAAAUUCUCACCAUUUGCAUCCAGCACUGGUAGAAGAAUAAAUAUAUGCUAUACUAGAAAACUGUCUCUGCUGGAUGGGGAAAAUAUUGUGGAUGUAGCUGUAAGUUACGGUAAAGAAGGAUCAUACACCAUGCAGAUUGAAGAUAAAAUGUUUGUGGUUUCUGGAGAGAUUCUCAAUGAAGGUGAUUCAGUUUACUUGAGGUCUUCAGUAAAUGGAACAGUGUGCAAGUCCAAAUUGGUCAUUUUGGACAACACCAUUUAUCUCUUCUUUCCGGAAGGUAGUGCUCAGAUUGGCCUUCCUGUACCCAAGUACUUAUCUGCAGUGAGCUCAGCAGGGACGCAAGGUGGUGCCGUAGCACCCAUGACAGGCACAGUUGAAAAGGUGUUUGUGAAAGCAGGGGAUGCGGUUCAAAUUGGAGACCCUCUGAUGGUUAUGAUUGCUAUGAAAAUGGAGCAUACCAUAAGGGCUCCAAAGGCAGGAGUGAUAAAAAAGGUUCAUUUCCAAGAAGGUGCCCAGGCCAAUAGACAUGCUCCGCUAGUUGAAUUCAUGGAUGAAGAGGCUGAAUCAAAAUAAAAUUCAAGGAAGGUGCAUUUUAUUUUUUUUACUUCGCUGAUACUCUCUCAGGAGAAGUUUUAUUCACAUUUUCAGUAAAGUGUUUUGUAUAACGGAUCGAGGAAUUGGUUUCCUCUGCACUCCCUGCAUAGUUGUACUGUAAAUUAUGCUGAUUUUACUGAAAGCUUGGAUAUCACUAUACUUUAAUCGUGUAUAUAACUUGUGGACCUACAUGAUUGUUGUUCAGUGAUUGUGGUUGCUUGUGAAAAGGCAUUAGACUGGGAAAAGAUAUGGACUGCCUUAAGGAUACGAGAGAUUAGUAAGGACUGCAUGUUAUGGAUAGCUAGGGUUCUUCUGCCUACUUUUUCAUUCAAAGAUGCCUAUUUUCCCUGAGAUGUGAGAUUUUCUUCAUUUGAAGGAAAUCUGAAAGGUGAUAAUUAUUUCACGAAUGAAUUUCUCUUGCAAAAUUCCUGUUUGUGGCCUUGUCUUUUUGCCCAAAUAGAGAAUUGAGAAUUAUUUGUCACCAAGGAUCCUUCUUGGUCAUUUUUGGUGCAUCUGUUUUCACAUUUACCUCAUGAGCAGUGAAAAUUUGCAUUUCAAAAAUUAUUUCAAUAUACUUUGAAAUAUGUGAUAAAAAAUAAAAAUACGAAGUAAUACUUGCUACACUAAUCAAAGUUGGAAUGUGACUGCUUUCAAAAGAUAAUAUUUGAUCUUUAAACAUGAAGCAGAAGCACAGAAAGAUAAUAAGCUUAUUUAAUGCUUGGAAAUUGUGCCAAAAUAAAAUACUGACUUUAAAAUCCUCAUUACUUUUCUCAUAUUGUUCAUGUUCAAAUAUGUUACUUACCAAUGGAGUGAAGUACCAAGGUCUUUAUAAAAAAUGAAAUGUAACUGAGAAUAAUACACCUUUUUGCAUCUGUAGUGUUGCAAAAGAGAAAAUGGGAAGGUUUUUGAUAUGUAAAGAAAAUAUUUCUCAGACAGCAUACUGAUGGUUUACCAUUUUUUUAACUUGUUUAAAAACUGUCUCAAAGACAGGGGAACAGAGAAGAAAAAAAAACACAAGGAAAUGCUUUAACUGUUACAAACUUUUUACUUGCAAAAUUCUGGUUAAAGUGAAGUUCUGCUGGUCAUAUGCACUUUUGUUACAUUGAUACUGCACAAAGGAACAAAUAGGUGUUGCAGUGAUCCCAAAUGCCUAUUUGUAUCUGUGCAAAUAAAUCCUUAUUUCAGAGUUAAAAUACAAUGUCUUGGGCAAUUUUCUGCUCUGAUUCUGUAACUGUGCAGCCUUGCCUGCAAUGCAGACAAAAACUGUAAAAAGUGAAAUGGGUCUAGACGGUCUGUAUAUUAAAAGCAUAAGAAUACUGCUUUCCAGUUUACCUCGUAAUCCAGUGGCCACUUAAAAAAGUAAAAUCAAAUGAUCGUCUUUGGAGAGGAUUGCCAUGGUGAUUUUUAUUUACCACCAAAUAAAAAUUAAGCUGGA